AACAAAUAACAAAUAAAUCUAUUUGACCAAAUCAUAUCAUAUAUAAUAAUUGAAAUUGAAUUAUCAUCAUAUUCUCCCUUGGUGAACACAUUUCCCCUUACCUUCAAAUUCUUAAAUGACUGCAACUCAUCAUCGCCGUCCCUUAUCCUUCCCCGCCGUUCACCCCUGCAAAUCCAUAUAUCCGGCAACCCUCCUAACUGCACUAAUCACUCUCUCACAAACUAUAAUCACUUUCCAACCAAACUCCUUUCCCACACAAAAACGAAACACCAGAGAAACUAAACGCCAAAUCCAAAUUCUCCUCAUUUUCUUCCAACAACUUCAAUCCCAUAACUCUCAUAUCCUAAAACAAACCAUUCCAAUCUUCUCAGAGCUUUAUUUCACCCUCCAAAAAAUCCAUUUCUUAUUCCAAGAUUGUUCCCUCAAAACUACACGCCUCUGGUUUCUCGUCAAAUCUCAAUUUAUUGCCACACAGUUUCAUCUUCUCACCCAUUCCGUUUUGGAAUCUCUCGACGCGUUACCUCUCCACCUCAUCGAUGUUUGCGAUGAGGAGGUUAAAGAGGUAAUUCAACUACUAAUCAAACAAAAGAGAAAAAACAAUCUCCAACUCGACCAUAAUGACGAACGUGAAGCCAAACGCGUUGAUAUAAUUUUGAAUCAAUUCGAGAAAGGAAUCGAACCUGAAAUUGAUUCAAUCAAACAAGUUCUCAAUUAUGUUCAAAUCAAAACUUGGUUCGAUUGUAAUGAAGAAAUCAAAUUCCUCCAAGACGAAUUACAAAAUCAAAAUCAAGAGAAAGAGUUGGUUCAUUUGUUGAGUGGUUUAAUUGGUUUUUUAUGUUAUUGUCGUGUGGUAAUAUUCGAAACUCUAGAUUUUCAAUUGUUAAACCAUAACAAUGGAUCUCAAUUCGGUUCUAGUAUUGAGAAAUUAAUCUCUGUAACACCAGAUGAUUACCGUUGUCCAAUUUCUCUUGAGCUAAUGUUAGAUCCUGUAACCGUUUCCACUGGCCAAACAUAUAACAGAACUUCAAUUCAGAAAUGGUUUGAAGCCGGAAACAUGACAUGUCCGAAAACCGGGGAGAGACUCAUUUCCACAGAGUUUUUUCCCAACACAGCACUGAAAAAUCUUAUCCAACAAUUCUGUUAUGAUAAGGGCAUUUCAAUUUUAAGUUUAACUACCAAACCUCAUAGCGUAACUGCACCCACUGUUAGUCCUGGUAGUUCGGCUGCAGCUCACGCGAUACAGUUUGCGUCAUGGUCACUUGCUCGGAGACUAGUUUUCGGAACUGAUGAACAGAAAAACAAAGCAGCUUAUGAGAUUCGUUUACUAGCGAAAUCAAAUGUUUUUAAUACGGCAUGUUUGGUUGAAAAUGGAACUGUACCACCUUUGCUUGAUCUUGUUUUAACUUCAACGAUGCAAGAGAAUGCAAUUUCUGCUCUUUUGAAGCUUUCAAAGCAUAGUAAUGGCCGCGAAGUUAUCAUGGAGAGUCGAGGAUUAAAAACAAUUGUUAAGGUUCUCAAUAGAGGGUACAGUUUAGAAGCUCGUCGUGUUGCAGGUGGUAUAAUAUUUUAUCUCACUUCGGUGAAAGAGUAUAGAAAAUUAAUAGGUGAAAAUUCAGAGGCAGUUUCUGGUUUAGUGAAAUUGAUAAAGGAAGGAACAAUUCGAGGAAAAAAGAGCGCAGUGGAUGCGAUUUUCGGGUUGUUAUUGCUUGCUAAGAAUCAUUCUAAGGUGCUUGCUUCUGGUGUUGUUCCUGUGAUAAUUAGCGUUUUGGCUUCUUCUGAUAAACGUUAUGUUGUUAAUGAUUGUUUAGCCGUUUUGGUAGCAUUGGCGGAGAGUGUGGAAGGCUCUCGUGCGGUAUUAGAAUGUUCGGGUUUUGGUUUGGUUGUUCGGAUUUGGCAAUCUGCAACUUUGCGUGCAGAGAAGGAGUACUGUGUUUCCAUUUUGUCGUCGCUGUGUGUUAAUAUUGGUGUGGAAGUUGUUGAUGUUCUGGCGAAGAAUGCUUCCGUUGUUAUGCCUUUGCUUUAUUCACUUCUUACGGAUGGUACACCUCAAGCAGAAAAGAAAGCACGUAGACUUAUUAAUGUUUUGCAAGAAUUUGAUGAGAAGAGAACUUUGGGAAUGGUGGGUUCUUCUGUUAUGCAGCAAAGAUUGCUUCAGUUGAAUUAGUUAGUUUGAACCUUCUUCCUUUUUCUCUUGUAAAUAAAUAUAGAAUCAUACAUCUAAUAUCUUAGUUCUUAUACAAAGUAAAAAUUACUAUUGGAUUA